GCCACGCCCCUCCCGCGUGACGUCACCCCGAGGCGGAAGCGGCCGCAGGCUGCGGGGUGCAGUGACCCCACGGGUGAAGGGGGGGGGGAUCUCCCCUGCACCCCCAGGUGUCGGGGGGCGCAUGGCGGCGCGGGGGGGCCCGGUGCUGGAGCCGGGCUGGCUGCUCUCCCCCGCCGGCCGCCCCUACCUGGACUCCAUCCUCCAGAGGAACCGGCGGAGAGUGUUCGGUCUGCUGGAGCGCCCGGCGCUGCCCCCCCCCUUGGCCGCCCCCACCGUCACCUACAAACUCUUCCUCUCCGGCAAGAGCGGCGUCGGCAAGACGGCCUUGGUGGCCGCGCUGGCGGGGACCCCCGUGCCCCCCGUCCACCACGAGACCCUGGGCAUAGAAGCCACCACCGUGUACUGGCCGGCCAAGCCGCGGGCCAGCGGCCGCCCCGUCAUCUUCCAGCUUCAUUUUUGGGAUUGCGGGGACGGAGCGCUGAAAAAAUUUGAGCAUCUCCUGCCCGCUUGUAAGGAGGAGGCGGACGCCAUCCUCUUCCUCUUCUCCUUCAUCGACCGCUCGUCCUUCGAGGAGCUGCCGGCCCAGAUGAGCCGGGUGGUCGGUCCUGACGAAGAAAACCUCGUUAGGGUGGUCAUCGGCACCAAAUUUGACCUGUGCCCGCAGGCGGACGUGACGGAGGGGGACGUGACGGCCUUUGAGGAGACCUGGGGGCUGCCGGUGCUGCGGGCGGGCAGCGGGCCGGGGGCCGGGGGGGGCCGGGGGGGGCUGGUCCGGGUCGCCCCCCUCCUCGACGCCCUGGUCGAGAGACUCUGGCUGCGAGACCAAAUCGCCGCCGGCGUCGCCCCGGGGGACGAGGGGUCCCCCCCGACCUGAACCCCCUUUUAUGGGGCGGGUUUGGGGGGGGGGGGCCCUCACCGUGGCCUCUGGCCUCCCCCUUGGGGGGACGGGAGGGGAAAAGGUGGGGUUUGUCCAAAAUGUACUG